AUGGAAACAAUCCUCGAGUCACAGUCAUUCCCCAUAGCGAUAGCGGAUGGUUUCAUUCAAGACGAAGAAACCACUAUUAUUAUGCAAUGCCACGACCGACUUUUCAAUGAUGUCGAAGUACGAGAUCUAUCAAAUCAAGUACUCUUCACUGUCGAAAGCAAGGGCCUAGCCUCAGCAAGCUGGCGCCGCACAGUGAAGGAUGCUACCGGCACUCCUCUUUUCGAUCUCCGCAAGUUCUUCAAAAACGGCGUGAAUCGCAAAUGGGGCGUGGAAGAUCCUAGUGGUCUCGAUCUCUGCUCCUUGAAACAUACCUCUACAUUUACACAAUUUAAAGCUCUUGAUGUGACGGUUCUUAAUCAGGCCGAUGGUGGCAAGGAAGCCGUCGUUCAUGUGCGGCCAAAGGACCAAGUCGGUAUGACCAUACAGGUCAAAGUCAAAGGUGCACCUGUCGCUGAGAUUCAGAUGACGGAAGCAAAUCAUAGUCGCUUCAAUUUUACCGAAGAUAGGAGUGUUUGGAGAGCUCGGGUUGCUGGUGGAGUAGACCUUACCCUUAUUGUCGCCAUUAUGCUCUGCCGAGCUGAGAUGCAGCAUUCUUGGAAGCAGUAG